GAGACUGCUCCGUAGGAGCAACUACUACCUCCUUUUCCUUGUUCGUCUUUUCUUUCCAGAUCCCACAGGGAGGAACUGGGCUAACGGGGAAGGCUAGAACAUGGACGGGGGCUUCCCAACUCUUAUGUCCACUAUACUGUAACAUGAAACCGACCCGGCCCUCAAAAGCGGCUCUAUUUGGUGACAGAUGGAAAAAUUACUCAGCGAUGCUUGGAGCCUCCGCCCUGAGGCGUACCCGGCGACCGAGAAAGGCAGGCGCAGCGCCGAGCGAAGAAGGAAGGCAAGAAGGAAGGAAGGGCGGGGCUCGUCGUCUGCCGGCUUGGCCUUUCAGUGUGGGCAGCGGCGCGGCUGCGGAGGGGCCAGGAGCUGGUGUCCACCGCUACUACGAGCGACAGUCGGGAUGUUCAGCUGGUUAGGAAAGCAAGGUGGGCGCCACCGGCCCGGAGAUGGCGAGGACGUGGUGGAGACGGUGACCGAGGGCCUAAAGGAACUUUACGCGAAGAAGCUGCUGCCGCUGGAGGAACAUUACCACUUCCAUGAGUUCCACUCGCCCGCCUUGGAGGCCGCCGACUUCGACAACAAGCCUAUGGUGCUUCUCGUGGGCCAAUACAGCACGGGCAAGACCACCUUCAUCAGGUACCUACUGGAGCAGGACUUUCCAGGAAUGAGGAUUGGUCCAGAACCGACUACAGAUUCUUUCAUUGCUGUCAUGUAUGGAGACACUGAAGGGAGUACUCCAGGGAAUGCUCUUGUAGUGGACCCCAAAAAGCCAUUUCGCAAACUGAGCCGUUUUGGAAAUGCAUUCUUAAAUAGGUUCAUGUGUGCUCAGUUACCUAACCAGGUUCUGAAGAGCAUCAGCAUCAUAGAUAGCCCUGGCAUUCUUUCAGGAGAGAAACAGCGUAUACGCAGAGGAUACGACUUCUGUCAGGUCCUACAGUGGUUUGCUGAGAGGGUUGAUCGCAUCAUCCUCUUAUUUGAUGCCCAUAAACUUGAUAUUUCUGAUGAAUUCUCAGAAGCAAUUAAAGCAUUCCGCGGUCAGGAUGACAAGAUCCGGGUGGUGUUGAAUAAGGCUGACCAGGUAGACACACAGCAGUUAAUGAGAGUCUAUGGUGCACUCAUGUGGUCCUUGGGAAAAGUGAUUAACACUCCAGAGGUGUUGCGUGUCUACAUUGGUUCUUUUUGGGCUCAGCCCCUGCAAAACUCAGAGAACCGAAAGCUGUUUGAGGUGGAAGCACAAGAUCUGUUCCAGGACAUCCAGAAUCUACCACAAAAAGCCACAGUGAGGAAACUGAAUGACCUUAUCAAGAGAUCACGGCUAGCAAAGGUGCAUUCUUAUAUCAUUAGCCACCUGAAGAAGGAAAUGCCUUCUGUAUUUGGGAAAGAAAAUAAGAAGAGAGAACUGAUCAAUAAGCUACCUGAGAUUUAUAUUCAGUUGCAACAACAAUACCAGAUCUCAGCAGGGGACUUCCCAGAGGUCAAGAAAAUGCAGGAACAGCUGGAGAACUACGACUUCAGCAAAUUCCAUUCUCUGAAGCCAAAGCUGAUUGAAGCUGUAGAUAACAUGCUGGCCAAUAAAGUUGCCUUCCUAAUGAAUCUUGUUAGCCAGGAGGAGCGUAGCAUGCCUGCACAGAAGGUUCAAGGUGGGGCAUUUGAGGGUACCACAGCAGGACCGUUUGACCAGGGAUAUGGGGAAGGUGCCAAAGAAGGAGCCGAUGAAGAGGAGUGGAUUGUUGCCAAAGAUAAACCUGCAUAUGAUGAAAUCUUUUAUACUCUCUCACCAGUCAAUGGUAGAGUCUCUGGAGCCAAUGCAAAGAAGGAAAUGUUGACCUCCAAACUGCCCAACAGCGUCCUGGGGAAAAUCUGGAAGCUUGCUGACUGUGAUAAUGAUGGCAUGUUGGAUGAGGAAGAAUUUGCAUUAGCAAAACAUCUUAUCAAGAUAAAAUUGGAGGGAUAUGAACUCCCCGGUAGCUUGCCCGUCCAUCUGGUACCUCCAUCACAUAGAAAAUCUUUGCGUGGAGCAGAGUGAUAAAUGCAUUCUAAAAAUAUUCAAAGUUCAAAUGCGUGAGAUUCUGUUACAGCGAAAGAUCGUAUAACACAUUUGAAAGUAGGGUUGUUGUCGAGCAUUUUAGGGUGACUUCAAACAUUUAGCCUUUCCUAUACAAAGGUCAUUUGUGUAGGGAAAAGCCAGAAAGCCAUCAUGUACAUGCACUGGGAAGCAGUGAUUAGCAGUAGUUUUCCCAUGUGUUUGUGCAUGCAACAUGUAUACACCGUAAAAUAAAUAUAUAUGCAAUCUGUAGCAUGACAUGCUUCAAAUGCUUUUUGACAUUUGAAGUGGCCUGCACAUUAUAGGAACUAACAAUGUAGCACAGAGAUGAACCUAUAUUAAUAGAUCUGAAGGCCCUUCACUAAAAUAAAAAAGUGUUUGUCACACGUGCCUUUUAAAAUUACCUUCUGCAAGUUUUUAUUGGUAAGGAUAAAUGACAUAGUUGACAUUUUUUCACUGUGUUUACAAUCAAAAUGCUAAACAGGUUGAGUAGGUAUAAAAUAAUUGCAGCUGUACUAAAGGUUAAUAUUUUAAUAAUGCAAUGCAAAAUUACCCUUUAUUCUUCAGAAGAAAUCUAACACUUCAUUUCCAGAAGGCAGCGGUCGGUUCACUAAUGAUACUUGAAAAGAAUACAUUCACAAAUACCAAAAUCCACCUUAUGCUUCUGAAAUUACACUUGGAGAUUGUUAUGAUAGAUUAUAGCAUAGCUGUAUUGUUUUGGUCAAAAAUUAAAAGCAUGCCUUGGACUAAAACCUUUACAAACUCAUGCUUGUUUGGGGAAGAAGAAAAGGGGCAGAUAUGCAGACAAGUGCUUAGAAGAAUGUCAUAUUUAGAAAAUCAAUGAAUUACAUUUGAAAGAUAUAUAUAUAUAUAUAUAAAUUGAUAUUUUCCAAUCUUAUAGUUCUUUAGCUACUGUAGAGGCUAUACUUGUUGCCUUUUUAUAACUAGAAUAUAUAGGAAGAGCCCUGCUGGAUCAGGCCAAGGGUCCAAAAGUGGAACCCCACAUCAGGGCAUGAUGGCAAUAGUCUCUGCCUUGUUUACCCCCACAUCGAGAAGGUAGCAAUUUGGAGGUACGCUAUCCCUGAAUGUGGAGAUUCCACUUUCACAUCAUGCCUAACAGCUAAUAGCUGAUUAGCUAUUGUCUAUCUUAGGCUUUUUUCAAGCCAUCAAAGAUGGUGGCCUUUGCCACAUCUUGCAGAAGUGAAUUCCAGAAGUUAAUUCUAUGUUGUAAUACUGUGAAAUCCCUGGUAGUUGGUUUUUUUUAUAAAUCCAAAAAGUGUACAUACAAAUAUUGACACUUCUGUUCACUGGAAUGAUGGUUUGCAAAAGUAUUUUGGAGGCCUUAAUCCCAAGGAAGUAUGACUCUGCUAAAAACAUGCCUACAUAUUUGACAGAUCUGCUUUGUGGAAAAUAUAUGUGCUUGUGUCAAUAAAGGGUGUUCUGGUUAAAGCUAAGUGAUAGUAUUUUGUACAGAUAAUGGUUGCUUGGUCGUUAUUCUAAGGCUUUAUUCUUAAAAUGCACAGAAAACUUCCUUGUAACUUCCUAGCCUGCAAAGCAUUCUUUUCACUGCUUUUGUUUAUGGAGGACUUGUGCUUGUGGCAUGAAACCUGUGUAAUGGCUACAUAAAGGGAGGGUAUAGCAAUAUAGUCAGAAAGAGAGAGCACAUAGUUUCUCCUGUUGCUUCAACAAAAUACUGUUAUUUAACUUGGCUACUUCUGCGAUCACAAUAUCAACCGCAAAUCUCCAUUCUUCAGAUGAAGCUGCUUUAUACAGAGGUCCUUAUACUCAGGCCCUGCUUGCAGGUUUCCCAUAGACAACUAGUUGGCAACUGUGAGAACAGGAUGCUGGACUAGAUGGUAGACUUGAUCUUAGCCAAAAGUCCAAGAAGCUACUAGACGGGCCAUUGGCCUGAUCCAUCAGUCUCUUCUUACGUUCUUAUAUAGAGUCACAUUGCUGGUCAUCUAUCCCAGUAUUAUCUACUCUGGCUAUCAUUGGCACUCCAGGAUCUCAGGCAGGGUUUUCCCCAGCCUUGCAACCUCAGAUCUUUUUGAGAUGUCAGCUGAAGGAUUAAACCUGCUUGCAAACUGCUUUCCAGUUUGCAUGUUUUUCUUGGGUCUUUGUUACAGCAUCUGUGCAGUAAUUACAUCAUGAGAUCAGCUGAUCACUAUAUGGCAGUUGUGGAUCUAGGGCUGAUGUAAUCAUCGUCACAGGACAUCUAAUGAUUGGGUUCACUAAGAAACCCAUUAACAAACUAACAGGUUAGCCCUACUCUUACUAGACUUUUGUGUAUUCUUUAUUUGCAUGCACAGACUUCACUCGGAAUAAGUAUAAGCUAACUUCAUGUCUUGUUUUCUGAGGCUCAUGGCUUUCAAAGUAGUUGCCUUUUUUUAGCAAGGAUUAUAGCAUAGGAGGAAAUGUGUGUGUGCAGGGGAAUGUAAUUUGCAUAGUAGGGGGGAUAAAAAAAACAACAGGGAAAGGAGACAGAUGGGUCAAAAAGCGUGACUACAGAAGAUGUUCCUUCUAGUUCUUCUCGUUGCACCUUGAAUCUUCAGCAUGUGCUUGUUCAUUUCAAGACCACUCUUUGAACUAUUCUUUUUUUUCAAAAUGGAAACGAGUCAUCAGGUGCUAAUAGAUAUUAUGAGUUGAUAUUCUGUCAGUGAGAUUACAUAUAGGCGAUUAAUUCUCUUACAGCUAUAAAAUUCCAUUUUAUUCAUUUUUAGGGGACCGCACUCUUCGUAGAAACAUUUGUGUGUGUCCGUUGCUGCAUUGAAUUAUUGCUCACUGCAACCUUUCUCUAGAAUGGUUGGUAAUAUUUCUCCAAGCAUUUUCUUUUCUUUUGCAGUUUCUUCAAAUCUUUGCAAUGAAAUUGCAUUCCUAUUCUUUCUUUUAUUGUUCUGGAGUGAUUUUAGUGGUUUUGUAAUUGAAAUCUGCUUCAAUUUCAUUCUCUUCCUGGCUAAUUUGAAACACCUUGUCAACUACAGUGUUUGAGUUUUUGAGUGACUUUAAAAACAAUGAAAUCAUCUUUUUAGGCAAAGACAUACAAAGAAUGGAACUAGCUUUUUUUCCUGCUGUGAUCCUUACUAUUUCAAGAAGCAAGAUUCACAGGGUGAUUUCUGAAAUGGCAUAAGAAGCGCAAGGGAACAAAAAACAUGGGUGAUCUGUGCAUCUUCCCCCCCCCCAUACUUCCAGAGUCUUGUGUGAGUUGCCCUUAUGCACAGAUCUCUUAUGGGGAGCCAUAUCCCACAUUGGGAACACGUAAAAACUUUCCCGUGGGGAGAUAGCAGUUCCAUUCCAACUGUGUAAUACAGCCAAAUGCUUAGUUUCCAGAACUUGCUCAUUUGGGCAGUACAGCAUGACCAUUAGCCCAGCCCUUUAUAUAUUUUUCUGAGCCUUGCUGGCAUGCAAAAGGGCUGCUAAGGAUUGGCAAUUGGAUCCAUAGAGACCAUAGCACUGUUUGGUAUUUUAAAAAUGAAAUAGGAACAGUUUUGUAGUUCUAUUUCUUAGCAGAGAUAUAAACGCAAGCAGUAGAGUGAGAAUCAGCCAGCCCACCUGUUCCCUCAGACACAAAUAACAGCAGACACAAUCUUCUUAGGUAAAAAGAUAAAGAAUGUUUACUCAUGAACUUUCAUAUCUUCAGGAAACAUAGGCUCUAGCUGGGAUAGAAAAGUAGAAGUCUCCAUCCAUUAUAAUGGUCAUCUUGGACAGCAUGUGCAUGCUUCACUCUCCUCAGGCUUAUUGGAGAAUAUGCAAAAACUACCAGACACAGGAGGAGAAAGAGAAGCCAAGUAAUCCCACCCUUUAGGAAGUUACAUCACUGGUAAACAGGUACAUGGGAUAUUUCCCAAAAUAUCCCUUAAAGGUAACAUCUCCCUUUUUACAAGGGAACAUGCAAGUUUGCUUAUUCUAACAAGCACAAGUGGAGAGCACUUCUACUUAGACAAGGAAUAAUAUAAUAUUUGCUGGAAGGGGGAGCAUAUGUUGUAUACCCCAACCCCUUGCUCAGUGCAGGAAAUAGAGACCUAGAGGAUCCCCAACUGAUGGCUGUCCAGCCCCUUCUUGAAGACUUCCAGCAAGGGAGAACCCACCACCCUUCCAGAUAACUGGUUUCAUUGUUUUGGUGCCCAGUUUCUGUGAAAUCCACCCCGCUGUCACCUCCAGAAAGCUGCAUUGUGGGUUUUCCAGCCUUCAGGAGUGGUUUUCAUCAGGUGCAACAGACUGCGGUGGAAGAGAACUCUUAAUGCCCAGAAUUCAGCCUUUCAGACUGAUAGAGCCUGUAAGAAUCCAAAGAUAAAUGUCAAUAUGUGUCUUGUUUGGAGUAUGUGUAAUGGUAUUUCACAAACAUAGAACUUGAUGCUGAAUUGGAAAGUAGCUACUCACAGGUGAUGUAUCCCCAUACUGUGUAAGAUGUAUGUGACUUAGAAAUUUGGAAAAGUUGCUAAACCUGGAUUUUGAACAGCAACUCUUUGUCUUCUUGCACUUGAACUUCAUAAGCUUAUUAUUUCAACCCUACAUUAAACUCUUCUUCAUUAUUGCCUAAAAUUUGGCCAGUGCCCUCUUUAUAUUUUUUUAUAAUUAGUGAUUUUUCCAGUCUAACAGUUCUAAAUGUCCUCAAGGAUGUGAACCACUUUAUUUAAUCAAAGUUGAGGCACAGUUUCUGUCUCAUUAUUGUUACAUAUUUAUAGGUCUAAGAUCAGGUCACUUUAAAAAAAUUACACAAUGAUUGACCAGUCCUUGUAUUACUGUGAAAAACUUUCAGGUGUAAUCUAGAGAUUAUAUUUCUUUUUUUGUUUGGUAAGGCUCAAAUAACAAAUUAUUGGUGCAAAUAUUAAUUUCCCAUAAGGGUUUAAAUUCAUUAGUGUUGCACUUUGAUUAUCUGGAUAAAUCAUUACAGAUACUGUAAUAUAUUUUUGUAUAU